CGGAACUCUGUGGGGCGACUGGCCCCUUUAAAUCUCUCCAGGGUUGCGCCAGGCGCUAGCGAGCGAGGUCCCCACCAUCACUUUUUCGGAAUGAGUUGCUCCUCUGAGCCGGGUCUCUGUCUCCCCCCUCCCCAUUUUCUUAAAGGCGAAAGCUCGGUAGCUGCUGCGUCACGGAGACGGAUCUUUUCUUGAAAAGGACUGGCUGGCUGGACUCAAAGGUUUGGGGAAGAUGCUGCUGUCCCGACCCAGCAGAAAUGGACUCUGCACCCUUCAGAGAACAUACUGGUUGAGAGCCAUGGCCUGGAGGAUCUACCCUCUGGCCGACUUAGCCUGGACACCCUUUCGCUCCCAUGGGACCUGGAACAAUGCCAGAGGCACGAGGCGUAGGCUUAUGGUAGCAGUAGGGGCUGGCCUGGGCAUAAGCACCAUCUUGGCUUAUGGAGAUCACCGUCGGCAGGUAGCCAAGGCUGAGACGCCAGCAUCCAUACCCGGCCCUCCAUUUCCCGUGUUUACCCGUCAGGAGGUGGCUCGCCACCACAACGAGGCUAAUCGGGUGUGGGUGACCUACGGCAGCGACGUGUUUGACGUCACGGAUUUCUUAGAGCUGCAUCCUGGGGGCAGAAGCAAGAUUCUUCUGGCGGCGGGGGGCGCUUUGGAACCCUUCUGGGCCCUCUAUGCCAUGCACAGCCAGGAACAUGUGCAGGAGAUCCUUCGGGGGUACAAAGUGGGGGAACUGAGUCCUGAGGAGCCUCCCCAACCGAUCCCCGGAGAUCCUUAUGCAGAUGACCCCCCACGGCACCCUGUCCUUCGGGUCAACACCUUAAAGCCCUUCAACGCAGAGCCCCCUCCAGAGCUGCUCACUGAACAUUACCUGACUCCCAAAGAGCUCUUCUUCAAACGCAACCAUCUACCUGUGCCAGUUGUGGACCCGGUGUCCUACCGCCUGAAAAUACAGGGUCCCCGUGGAGGGACCCUGUCUUUGUCUCUACAGGACCUGAAGAAGAAUUACCCCAAGCAUGAAGUGACCGCCACCCUGCAGUGUGCCGGCAAUCGGCGUGCCGAGAUGAAUGCCAUCAAGAACACCAACCGGCUUGGCUGGGACGUUGGGGCCAUCAGCAAUGCACGCUGGGGCGGCGCCCGGCUCCGGGAUGUCCUGAUGCGAGCUGGCUACAAACCAGGGGAUGAGGGGCAUGUCUGCUUUGAGGGGUUGGACAAGGACCAGAGUGGCACCGUUUAUGGGGCCUCCAUCCCAUUUGAGAAGGCCAUGAGGCCCGAAGGGGACAUCCUCUUGGCCUAUGAGAUGAAUGGGGAGGAGUUGCCGCGAGAUCACGGCUUCCCCCUCCGAGUAGUUGCGCCAGGCAUAGUCGGUGCUCGCAGUGUCAAAUGGCUGGGUCAGAUCACAGUGGGUCCUGAGGAAAGCAAAAGUCACUGGCAGCAGAAGGAUUAUAAGGGAUUCUCUCCCUCCGUGACGUGGGACACGGUGGACUUUUCGAAGGCUCCUGCCAUCCAAGAAUUGCCCAUCCAGUCGGCCAUCACCGAGCCAGGCCCUGAUACCUCCAUCACCCCCGGGGAGCUCACAGUAAAAGGCUAUGCCUGGAGUGGAGGGGGGCAAAAGAUCAUCCGGGUGGACGUUUCUCUGGAUGGUGGAAAGAGCUGGCAUGUGGCCAGGCUGACCGGGGAGGAGCAGUUGCCUGGCCGAGCUUGGGCAUGGAAGCUGUGGCAACUAGAUGCUUCUGUGCCCGCCGGCACCAAAGAGCUGAACAUUGUAUGCAAGGCUGUGGACACCAGUUACAAUCAGCAGCCGGAUACAGUGAGACCCAUCUGGAACCUUUUGGGAGUGCUCAACAAUGCUUGGCAUCGAGUGCAUGUCCAGGUGGAGGGGGAGGAGGAAGGGGAUUGAUUGUACCUCGUUGCCUGACAGAAACAAAGGGUCCUGGAUCUUGGCUGCUCUGCAGCUUCUGCCUUCUGUAAGGACAUCUGUCAUUAUUAUUAUUAUUAUAUUUAUUUGAAUCCCA